GGCGGGGAGAGAGGAUGACUCACUCCGUCUGAUGUGAUGUUCACCCCGCAACAGCUCGGCAGUGCGGUGGCACGCCGGUACUUCAGCCUGACACAUCGGUGCGCUCCGCCGAUCGCAGUCAAAGUUUCAUCAAACUAUUAGGAGGCAUUUCGAUGCGGCUGAUUUACGGACUUUGUUUGAAACUUGAGCGGCUGUCUCUCGGUAGUUGGAGGGAGACCGAGCGUCGUGAUUUACCGUAAAAUUUCGUGACGCCUGAUUGCCAUGGAAACAGUGCUCCUGCGCUGAGAGGAAACUGUCCGUGUUAACUUCAGCAUCAACCUUUUUCCACAAGGUCUGAUAAACCUGUUGGAUACCUCUGUGCUUUUCUUUCCCCCUUGUCUCAGCUUUGGCUUUACUUUCCACUGCAAUUUGACCAGGGAAGGACAAUGGAGCUCCAAACAGAGAAGAGGUUCCACAACUUGACUCUUGAGCAAGUUCAGGCUCUCGACAAAGUCCUGACAGAAGUGAUCCCCAUUCAUGGAAGAGGAAAUUUUCCCACGCUGCAGGUGCGAGCAAAAGACAUCAUUCGUGUGGUGAAGGAUCGGCUCGUUGAAAGAGAAAUCCAGGUGAAAGACAUACGUCUGAAUGGAGCGACUGCCAGCCACGUCCUGGUGAGAGAUAACGACCUUGGCUACAGAGACUUGGACAUCAUUUUUGGAGUGGAGUUGCCGAGGCAGGAGGACUUCCAGGUGAUUAAGGAGGUGGUGCUGGGCAGCCUUCGAGACCUCCUGCCGUGUGGAGUUAACAGGCGCAAGAUCACCUGCCUGACCAUGAAGGAGGCUUACGUGCAGAAGAUGGUGAAAGUUUUCACCGAGCACGACAGGUGGAGCCUCAUCUCUCUUUCUAACAACAGGGCUAAAACCGUGGGUCUCAGAUUUGUCAGCUCCCUGCGAAGGCAGUUCGAGUUCAGCGUGGACUCCUUUCAGAUCAUAUUAGAUCGUAUGCUGGAGUCCUACUGGGAGACUGAUAGAAAACAAGGAGGACAGUUGGGGGAACCCGCCAUAAUUGUUGAAGCCGAGUGCAUGUAUGGGAACUUUGAGCAGGCCAUCGACCACCUCCGCCACCGGCUGAUAGCCACGCACAACCCGGAGGAGAUCCGAGGCGGAGGCCUGCUCAAGUACAGCGACCUGCUGGUGAGGAACUUCAGGCCGGCCAGCGAAACUGAGAUCAAGUCCCUGGAGAGGUACAUGUGCUCCCGCUUCUUCAUCGACUUUCCCGACGUGAGCGAGCAGCAGCGGAAGAUCGAGGCCUACCUGCAGUGCCACUUCAUCGGCAGCGAGGAGACGAGCAAGUACGACUACUUGAUGACCCUGCGGCGCGUGAUCGACGAGAGCACGGUAUGUUUGAUGGGGCACGAGAGGCGACAGACGCUCAAUAUGAUCACCGUCCUGGCUCUCAGGGUGCUGGGCGAGCAGAACGCCAUCCCCAACACGGCCAACGUCACCUGCUUCUACCAGCCCGCCCCCUACAUGGCAGAGCCCAUUUACAACAGCUACUUCAUCACGCAGGCCCAGCCGCCACUGGUCUAUCACCCGUACCCGAUACACGUCCACAUGCAGACUGGCCUGGUGUAGCCACGCUGACGCGCCCACAGGGAGGCAUGCGGGCUGAUUUAAGCGUGGUGCUCUAGCAGAGGCACACAUGGAAGUUUUAGCAACAACAGGCAACCGCGGGCGCCAUGUUGUUUCAUGUUUUGGAAGCCCUCCUGCUUACAACGAAAGGUUUCAAACCAAAAGGAGCGUGUCAGC